AUGAAUAAUGUUAAACAGUUCAUGAUGAAGAAUUGGAACACUGUUCAAUUGCCUGACCUGUUAUACCAUGAUGAUGGAUACUUCCUCAUGAAGUUCAAAUCGUCCAAGGAGAAGGAGGAAAUUUUGAUGAAUGGACCGUACAUGAUAAAGAAUAUGCCUAUGAUUCUAAGAGACUGGAAACCAAAUUUCAGUAUGAAGAAAGAUAUGCUUCGAACUAUCCCUCUAUGGAUGAAGCUGCCUCAAUUGCCAUUGGAGUAUUGGGGAGCAAAUAGUCUCAAGAAAAUUGGUAGUGCUAUUGGAAGACCUGUGGUUACGGAUGAAUGCACUGCCCAUAAACUCAGGGUGUCUUAUGCAAGAAUCCUUGUGGAAAUUGAUGCUACACAAGAGGUCCCUAAAGUUGUCAUGAUACAGAAUUCUGAGGGUGAACUUGUAUCACAAGAUGUAGAGUAUGAAUGGUUACCAAAAUUAUGUGGGAAGUGCCAGAGAUUUGGUCAUAAUUGUGCCACAAAGAAGACCAUUACUCAUUGGAAGCCAAAGGAGCCUGUAGCUGCCCAGGGGACUCAGCCUGCACCAUCAAUAGAGAAGGUUGCUCAAUCUGCACCUACAUUGGACCUGCAGAAGGAUAAAACAUUUGAGCAAGUCUUAGAGGAUGGUUCAAAGUUGAAUGAGGGUAGUAGCAAAAAGGAUGAAGGCAACUGGUCUUCACCAAAAGGAGGAAGCAAAGGAAGAAGUACUAUUAGGUAUAGCUGCUCACAGGGGACUCCAAAUUUUGCUAGCAAUAACGGGUUUGAUGCCUUGGGGGAUUUGAUUGAGCCCUCAAUGCAUAUAGAACCUGGCCCAUGCAAAUCUCAUGGAAUGUUAGGGGGCUCAAUAAAAGUGAGUUAUGAUAGGUAUCUGGACAACUACUCACACCAUCCCAAUGGCAGGAUUUGGGUGAGUUGGAAGUCUAGCCACAAUGAUAUUUCCCUGAUAGCUAGCACGGAUCAAAUGUUACACUACAGUAUGAAGGAUAUUCAAGGGGACCUGAAAUUCCAUAUGACAGUUGUGUAUGCUAUGAACACUCUGGCCAACAGAAGAUGCCUAUGGAAUGACAUUGAGAAGCUGAAUAACAACAACAAUGCCCCCUGGUGUGUUGUUGGAGAUUUCAACAAUGCCCUUAGGAGCAAGGAUCAGAUUGGAGGGAGAUUAGUUACUGAAUCUGAAUUCAUUGACCUGCAGAGUAUGAUGGACAGGUGUAACCUGGCAGAAAUGGAAAACAAGGGUGACUACUACACUUGGCAUAACAAACAUGAACUGGACCCUAUCUACUCUAGAAUUGAUAGAGUGUUAGGCAACCCUGUCUGGUUCCUUCACAUGGAUUUGAAUGGUUUCCAUGAGCUAGUUGUUAAAAGCUGGACAGAGCCUAUGAGUGGAAGCCCUCCUUUUGUCUUGUGGGAGAAACUCAAGAGACUAAGACCUAUCCUUAGAAACUUGAGUAAGCCUCUUACUGACAUCCAGAGGCACAUCCUGACCACCAGAAUGGAGCUAAACAACUGUCAGCAGGAGCUCUCAAAAGACCUCACAAAUGCCUCUCUCAUACAUGAAGUUAAGGAUAAGACUAUGGAGAUAAUCAAGUGGCAGGAGCUUGAAGAGAAGGUCUUACAUCAGAAAGCAAAGAUAGAUUGGAUAAAACUUGGAGAUGGGAAUAACCAGUUUUUCCAUGCUUCCCUGAAGGCUAAGGCUAACUCUAACAAAAUUAUGAAGGUUUGUCUGGCAGAUGGAACUGAAGUGACUGACAAACAAGGCAUGCACGAUAGGGUGCUCGGCUUUUAUGGUGAUCUCAUGGGAAAGGAGGGUAGGAGCCUGUCUCAAAUUAACCUGCAGGUCAUGAGAGAGGGCAACUGCCUGAAUAAUGAGCAGAGACAAGAUAUAAUCAAAUCUAUCAGUGAGAAGGAGAUUUUUGAUGCCCUUCAUGACAUGGGAGACUCUAAGAGCCCAGGGAUGGAUGGAUAUAGUGCAAAGUUCUUCAAGAGUUGCUGGUCUAUUGUCAAAGAGGACUUAAUUUGUACCAUCAGAUACUGGUUCAGAACCAAUACUAUGUUCAAGGGAUUUAACAGUACUCUUGUCACCCUUAUCCCUAAGUUCCCUGAGGCAAAGCAGUUGAAAGAUUACAGGACAAUUGCUUGUUGCACCAUUGUCUACAAGAUAUACUCCAAGAUCCUCACUUCUAGAAUGGCCAAAGUUAUAGGGACCAUUGUCAGCAAACACCAGGCUGCUUUUAUCCCUGGACAACACAUCCAUAAGCAUAUCCUUUUAGCCUAUGAGCUCAUAAAGGGCUAUAGCAGGAAACAUGGCACUCCUAGGAACCUGAUUCAGCAGGACCUUCAAAAAGCAUAUGAUAUGCUUAAUUGGCAGGCCCUCAAGACUAUCCUGGCAGAGUUAGGUUUUCCCAAUCAGCUGCUCCUUAAGAUGCAAGAGAAUCUUAUUUUUAAACAUCAUCCUAAAUGUAAGAAACUGGGACUCACUCACUUGAUCUUUGCUGAUGACAUCCUGCUCUUUUCUAAAGGGGAUGUGGCUUCCAUUCAGAUGCUUAUGAACACUCUGCAGGUUUUCUCAAACUCUAUUGGGCUGAUUGUCAACCCCAGCAAAUGCUUUGUGUACAUGGGAGCAGUGGAUGAUAGCACCAAGGAGCAAAUCCUAUCCACCACUGGCUUCAACUUGGGGCAGCUCCCUUUCAGGUAUCUUGGAGUCCCUCUGUCUAGCAAGAAACUGUCUAUUGCUUAUUAUCUGCCUCUUAUGGACAGGAUCCUUAAAAGGAUACAUCACUGGAGCUCUAAGCUUUUGAGCUUUGCUGGUAGAGUUCAGCUUGUGAAAGCUAUUAGCUUUGCUAUAACUAGCUACUGGCUCCAGUGUUUCCCUAUCCCAAAGUGUGUUAUCAAGCGUAUCAAUGUUGCAUGCAGAACUUUCAUCUGGACUGGAGGGAAUAUGCCCAGCAGAAAGAGCCCCAUAGCUUGGAAGGAGGUCUGCAAACCUAGAGAGAAAGGUGGGUUAAACAUCAUUGACUUGGAAGAUUGGAACAAAGUCACUAUGCUCAAGUUACUGUGGGACUUGAGGAAGAAAACUGAUAGUCUCUGGGUCCUUUGGAUGCACACAUACUAUAUAAGAGAGAAGGAUAUCAUGAUAAUGGAGUUGAAGCAUGACUCCUCCUGGAUUGUGAAGGGAAUCUUGAAAGCAAGAAUGUUAGUCCCUGAGGUCCUUAAUACCUGGCACCAAGCUCUGAGUGCUAGCAGCUUCAAAAUGGGCAAAUUUUAUAAGGAUUUGAAUAGAAACCAUACUACUGUCAGUUGGUCUGUGCUUUUUGCAGGAAAUAUUGCUAGGCCUCGUGCUCUUUUCUGCCUUUGGCUUGCUUGUCACAAGAGGCUGGCCACAAGAGAAAGGCUUGCAAAACUUGGCUUCAUCAAUGUUACCAACUGCUGUUUUUGCAACCACAACGAGUCCAUUGAGCACUUGUUCUAUGGCUGUAGCACUAUGAAGAACAUAUGGACAGAGAUCUUGGAUUGGAUUCAGACUAGUCAUACACCUCUUGAAUGGCCACAAGAGCUACACUGGCUGACCAGAAGUGGAAAGGGGAAAGGAAUCAAAGCGGGUAUCCUGAAGCUUGCUGUAGCUGAAUGCUUGUACCAAUGCUGGCGUCUCCGAAAUGAUGUUUGUUUUGGCAAUGCUCAGAAUAUAGAUAAAGUUGUACAUAAUAUAAAGGAAGCUGUCAUUCAUAGAGAGUGGAGCUAUAGGAAGUACAAGGAGUUUAUUGCUAGGAAUUUGAUGUUAUAG